ACUGCCCCAGCUCGCUCUCCCCGGAUGACGAGGCUCAGGAUAACAUGGAGUCGAGCAAGAUGGCGCCUCCUCCCAAGAACGCUCCGAGAGAUGCUUUGGUGAUGGCGCAGAUCCUGAAGGAUAUGGGAAUCACAGAGUAUGAACCACGGGUCAUAAAUCAAAUGUUGGAGUUUGCCUUCCGCUACGUGACUACAAUUCUGGAUGAUGCAAAAAUGUAUUCAAGCCAUGCUAAGAAGCCUAAUGUUGAUGCAGAUGACGUGCGACUGGCCAUCCAGUGCCGUGCUGACCAGUCUUUUACCUCUCCUCCUCCAAGAGAUUUUUUACUAGAUAUUGCAAGACAGAAAAAUCAAACCCCCUUGCCACUCAUUAAGCCAUAUGCAGGACCCAGACUGCCACCUGACAGAUACUGCUUAACAGCGCCAAACUACAGGCUGAAAUCCUUCAUCAAAAAGGGACCUAACCAAGGAAGACUAAUUCCUCGCUUAAAUGUUGGUGCUGUCAAUAACAGGCCUACCACUCCUACUCUAGCUACAGCAACCCCACAAACAGCGCCUGUUCCAAAUAAAGUUGCAGCUCCAGGAUCAGUGACAAGCCAAAGAUUCACGGUGCAGAUUCCACCUUCUCAGUCUACGCCUGUCAAACCAGUUACUCCAACAACUUCUGUUCCAAAUGUUCUGAUUAACCCUUCAAUGAUUGGGCCGAAAAAUAUUCUUAUUACUACCAACAUGGUAUCAUCACAGAACGCGGCCAACGAGUCAAACCCAUUGAAGAGAAAGCAUGAAGAUGAUGAGGACGACAAUGAUACCAUGUGAAUAGUCUAGACGCAUUUCCAAAGUGAAACAGUUUUUGAGCCUAGAAUACUGAACUAGACCAUUCUGUAUCUUAAAUUUUGUCUUAGAAAAAAUGUAGCUGCAAUAUUUUUCAUAUUAGUUCAAACUGUUGGAUUUCUUUAAUAAGAAUACAAUUCUUACUAGGCUUUAAGUACUUGUUUCUUAAUAAUUUUAUUAACAUUGAGGCCUACCAUGGCAUUUUGAGAAAUCAGAGUUUUACCACGUCACUGACAAUCUGCCUAAUCUUUAACAGCAUAACUUCUAACCCGCAUUUAAAUAUUGCCUUCUUUUAUAAGAUAAAAGUCACUUUUAUUGUUACUAGCUUUUUUGAACAAAUUUCUCAAUUUAAGAAACAUUUUUGGCUAGGACAGAUUUAGGAUUACAAAUCUAUUUUGAUUGUAUUUUAACUUGUUUCUUGGUUCUAACUUUCCACCUCAAUUCCCUUACAAGAUCCCAUCCAUUUGUUGUACCCUUACCAUAUAGGUUUUAAGUUUCUUCCUGUUGCUCUUAAAUUCAAACGGCCAUAAGUGGAAUUUUAAAAAUAUCAUUCUUGAUAAUGCAACCAUCAUUUUCAUAUUUUGAAAAUAUGUUCUACAUGCCUCAUGGUCUAUGGUUCAACUUUUACCUGAAGCUUUGCAUUUGCUUUCUGGUUUUGAAUCCAAAGCAGAGCAGUUGAACUUCGACCCUUGUGUUUUAUGCCUGUUAAGCUUUAUUCUGCUUUGACAGGUAGUUCUGGGUCAGUUACAUUUGUUCCAAUGUUCUAUUCCAAGUUGAUAAGUCUACCAUAUUUCACAUUUCCAAAAUUUAACAAAAAGAGGGUAUAGCCUAAAAUCCGCCAUGGUGAAUAUUUAAACAAGACAAAACCACUGAAGAGCAUUUUCUUCUUUUCUACCAUGCACAUACAUGCUUUCAUCACUACUGCUUGAACACUCCUAGCGGCGUAAUUCAGAUCAUACUUUCAGCUGGUCACAUGCAAGAGGGGAUCAAACCUGGGAGUAGACUCCAAUGUUUUUCCUGUCUCUGCAGCUUGAUGCAGCUUCCAUUUAGGUGUAAAAUCACAUUCCGCAUUUCCCAUUUGUCCACACCUAAAAUUCUCAACUGGGAAUGGCUGCAAAGCUUUUGACAUCAUAAGCAGCCCUUGUUUCUGUUUAAGUUCAAUAUAGAAAUGCUUUUGCAAAAUCUGAAGUAAAGUUUCACAACGUAAUUUAGAAUUUAUGGCCAAGGAUCCUGAAAACGUAAAUGGAAGUUUCAUCGUGGGGUAGUGCUUGAUAUGUCUGAGAGAAUCUCACUAGAGAGAAAUGUAUCAGCACAAUCUGAAUAUGUCUGAGUGUUCAGGAAAGAGGAUGUUGAAUUGACAAGAACCAAUCUGAUCAGCAAUAGGAGAGAAAUGCUCAUUACAUUGCACAGGAUAUCAUUUCUUGAAUGUUCUCAGGGAGGCAGCAUGUCAGAAGGCCUAGGUUCCAGUCCUGGCUCCAUCACUUACCAACUGUGUGACCUUACUUCACCUCUGAGCCUUGUUCUCUUCACUAGUAACAGGAAAAUAACACCUGUCCUGCCUACCUCACAGGGAUGUUGUGAGGUGUCAUUUGUACACAUUCUUGCAAAGUUGUAAAAUGCUAGAUACCUAUAUGGGAUUAUUACUAUUAUAUUUGUUCUAAGAUUAUUAAUAAAACUUUGAGCAAUUGGUGAUCUUUCAUUUAUGACUGACUGAAGGGAGUCAAG